AUGAGCAAUAUUAGUGUAUCGUCAUCAUCAUCGUCUUCGUCAUCGUCGGGAAUAUUUAAAAGACCCCAGUUUCCGAUAGAAAAUAAAAAUAAAAAUAUUUCAUCAAUUUUAAAAGUAAAUUUGUUCGAUACUGUUGGCCAGUUUUUACAAGAUGAUACAGUUUUCGAUGUAAUAGAUGAUACUUUAAAGCAUACCCAUUCAAUAGAAUUAACAACAAAUGAAUUUAUAGAUUGUGAUAAUGCAACAACAGUCACAAAGCCAAUCAAUGAUAAACCUACAUCUCCAGAUAUUAGAAACAGUAGCAAUAGUAAUAUUAAUAGUAGUAAUAACGAUAAUAAAAUUUCUUCACCAAAAGAUAUUAUAGAAAGUGAUAUAUCCAAUGAUGACAAAGAUUUUGAUUUUAAUACAAUCGAGGUAUUAGAUACAUUGAUCGAUUUUGAUAAUAGAAAAUCAACUUCUCACUCUACUUUAAUAAUAAAUCCUAUUAAUAAAAAUAAUAGUAAUAAUAGUAAUAAUAAUAAUAAUAUUAAUAAUAAUGGUAAUAAUAAUAAAAUUAAUAAUAAUGCAGUAUUACUAUCACCAUCUAGCAUAAAAAGAAAACCAACUAUAAAUAAUGAACCACCAUCUGCCAAGGAUCCAAAUGAUAUUUCUUCUUUAAUUAGUGAUAUUGACUCAUUAGUUUUCGAUUUAACAGAUAUUCAGGAGGACUUAGAAAGGUCAUCAAUUAGAGUCUCUUUUAGUUGCGAUGAUGAUAUUGCACCCAAUUUAGAAAUCAAUCAAAAUAAUAAUACCAGUAUUGAGGAAAUGUUAGAUAGCACCACACACACUCCAGUAAGACAAUCAAUAGAUAUGGAUUUAGAUGAUAUUACAAAAAAAGAUUUACCACAAGAAAUUUUAGAUAUUAUGUCAUCAAUUUCAUUAUCACCACCAAAGAAAUCAGUUUCCUCUUCAUUUAUAAAUAUUAAAAAGAAAAAUAAUAGUAGUUAUAUAUCAUCACAAAAAGAUCUCAGUGACAAUAACAAUGUAGAUGACGAAUUUAGAUCAAUAAUUGCAUUUUCACCCCCCAAAAAAUCAAGUUCUUCAUUUGUAAUACCAAACUCUUCAAUAGAAGAUUUAAACAAUACAUCCAGUGUAUCAUCAAUAAUUGUACCAAUAUCUAAUAAUGACUCAGAUCAACAAAUAAAAGAAAAAGAUGAAAAAGAUGAAAAAGAUGAAAAAGAUGAAAAAGAUGAAAAAGAUGAAAAAGAUGAAAAGGAAGAAAAAGAGGAAAAAGGAGAUAAAGAAGAAAAAAUUAUAAAAGAAGAGAUAAAAAAUAUUCAAGAUGGUAAAAGAAUUUCAUUAAAAAUAUCACAAUCUCAAAUACCAAUUGUUUUUGGAUCUCCAUCAAAAGAAUUAAAUGAUGAAUCCCACAACAUAUCACCACUAAAAUCUAGAUUGGUUAUUCACAAUACAAUUCUAGAAUCCGAAGAACAAAAUAAUGAUGCUGAACAAAAUAUUCCACCAAAAUCAGCACCACAACCAAUUCAAAAAUCAAAUAAUAUUGCAACAAGUAGAAAUGAAAAUCUUGGUUUAUCAUUAGAAAAUAAUUUUGAGUUUUCGCCACUCAUGUCUCCACCUUUAUCUCCAUCAUCAGCUUCAGCAAUAUCUCCACCUUUAUCUCCAUCAUCCCCUUUGCCUUUAAGUAUUGAAGAUAAACCAAUAGUUUCAACACCAAGUUUUGAAAAUUUAUUAUUAUCAUCGUCAACUUCAUCAACAUCAUCAAUUUCAUCAAAUACCUCAUCACAAAUGAAUUCAUUAAUUCACGAAACUAUAAGCGUACUCCCAACACCAUCACAUUCAACUCUUAAAGGUUCUACUGGUACAAAUUCUAAUAAAUAUUAUAAUAAAACCAUUAAAUCACAACCAAAAGCUAUUCAAAAGCAAUUGUCAGCAUCUAAAUUUUCAGAAAUUUCAAAUACACCUGUAUCAGCUCCUGUACUCUCAUCAUCUACUCCAAUAUUACCACAAUUGCAACAAUCUAAUGAAUCUACUCCACCACCACCACCAUCACUACCACCACAACAACAAAAAUGGGUUGUUGGUAACUCUAAAGGUAAACUUUUUGUUACACCUCUAUCAAAUUCAACAUCAUCCAUAAAAACUUUAUCAAGUGAUUCAUCUGAUCUUUCUCUUUCAGGUGACUCGAUUUCAAGUGGUAUAAGUUCCAAUACUAGUGGUAAUACUAUUGUUAUUAGAAAUAAAAUGAAGAACCAUAUAUGGAGAAAAUCAAAUAUGACAGGUCCAAAUAUAGGCCCAAUUGCUCAACACCCAAGAUCAAUAACAGAUCCAAUGAAAUAUUCAUUCGAUAGAGAAUCUAUUGUUAAUUUGGAUCCAAAUAAUGCGCCAAUGAAACAUAGAUCUACUUUCCCAGGAGUUAUACCACAACAUAAUGAUAAUAACAACAAUAAUAAUAAUAAUAGUAAUUCAGCCUCAAAUAGUUUAAAUUCUUCAUUAUCCUCAGUUAAUACAGCCACAACCUCAUCAACAACAUCACAACCAAUAGUAAUGACAAAUCAAAGAAAACUAAGCGCAAACAAGAGUUCAUCACAUUAUAUUUCAUCGCCAAUUUUAAUAUCAUCUGUAAUUCCAGUUUUACCAGUUACACCAUCAAAUACAAUUUUAAUUUUUGAUGAAAAUGGCAUAGAAAGAUCAAGCUUAUCAGAACCAAACUUUAAAACUCUUUCAAGAAGUGCAAGUAGUUUAAGUGGUAGUUUGAAUAAUAAUGGAAUGAAACAAAGAAUAGAUUUGGAAAACCCAAGUAAAGUUAAAAAAGUUAAAGAAUUAUUAAGAAAUUAUAAAAAUAAAGUUAUAACAUUAAUUAACAAAGUUUAUAGAGAAGCAGAAAAUGUAUUAGAGAAUAAAAAAGAAAUUCUAAAAAAGUAUGGAAAAAGAAAUAGAGGUUAUGUUGCAAAUCAUCAAUUUGAAUUAUCCAAAUUAUAUAGAGAAUAUUAUUCACACAAGCUUUUAACCAAAGAAAUGGAGUUACAGUUAAGCAAAGAAAGAAUAGAAUUUUUAAAAUUAAAACUAAUAGAUAUUGGCAAUUUAAUAAAACUUUUAGAUGACUAUUUUAAUGAUGGUAGCUCCCCAUUCACUCAAACUCCAAGUGGUUAUAUUUCAUUAACUGUUGGCCAACCACCAACCAAAGAAGUUUUGGAUUCUUACCAACCAUCACUUUCACCAUCUUCAAUGUCACCAGUUUCUUCAACAUCAUCACUUCCAACAAUAAUAUCAGUACAAAAGAAAAACAUAAUAGUUUAUUCUUCAUUCUUUUUAAAAACUGAUAUACUUUUAAAUAAAAAUACAUACAUUUCAAGAACUCGUAAAAAAUUAAAAUCAAUAUAUGAAUUAGAAAAGAAAUUUAAAUUAAAUUAUAAAAUUUAUUAUUUUAAUAUUUAUUCAAACGAUUCAAUGGAAAAAAGAGAAUUAAGAUUAAAGAAUUUAAUUCAACGUGCAAAAAAGAGUAAAGAAAUCGAAAAUAUAAUUCCAUGGGAUAAAAAUUAUGAUAUUCAAAACGAAUUUUCAACAAUGAUGUGGGAUACCAGAUUUAUGGAAGGAAAGCAAAUAUCGCAACUUAUCAAUAUUAUUUCAGAUGAUUGUGCAAAUGCAAAUACUAUUAAACCAAUCGAUAUCGAGGUAUUUGUAGAAAAGUUCUGUGAACAUUUAAUUAAUAUUUACCAUUUAGUAGUUAAACCAUCACCACCUUCACAUCAGCCCCCACCAACACCGACCACAAUUUCAAAUGAUUUCAUUUUAAAUCAUAAUCAUAAUCCACACAAAAACAGCACUGUAAUGAAAGUAGGUGAUUCAUUAGCAAACCAUCACUUUGGAUCACAACAAAUGUCUUAUGAUGAGAUGGUAGCCAAGUAUCAUCAACAAUAUAAAGAAACCUAUUCAUUAUUAUCUCAACUCUUUAAAAGAUGUUUCUACACCGAGAUUUCACCAUUAAUAAAAGUUAUUUUAGCUAGAGAGGUUGGCCCAUCAGCAUUAGAGUAUAAUUUAGAAUUGGAAAAGAAAAUGGAACAACACAAAGGCAAAACUUUAAAAGAUUUAAAUAUGCUCCCAUCAAAUUUCCCAGAUGAUUAUGACUGGACAUUCAUGUACGCUAAUGGUAAAAACCCAUUCGAACAAUCAAUUUCUUUUUUGAACGAUUUGGCCUAUCUUUCAGCACCAGUAGAUUUGGUUCAUAGUAUUCAACAAGCAGUUAGUACAAUUUGCAGCACUUGUAAUGAAAUUUUAAAUGGUAUUACAUUUGGUCAAAACUAUCACAAGGUUUUAGAAAACUCAUCACUACUAAAAUCAAUUCGUGGAGGUCAUAAAGAUGAUUCAUCAUUAAACGUAAACAACACUGGUUCAAACAUUUCAAUUUCAUCUGCAUCCUCGUCAUCAUCAUCUGAAAACUUAUCUCAACUAAGUUUUGUAGCUUCUAAAGCUGGUAUACAUCCACAAGUUAUUCAACAACAUCACAUACAAAUGAAACAACAACAACAUCAAUUAGCAAAUCGUUCAAUGCCAACUCAUUCCCUCAGUGCCGACGACCUUUUCCCAGUUUUAAUUUAUUGUAUUAUGAAUAGCAACAUUUUACCAAUUUCAGGAUAUAUUUGCUCUUUUAUUGAACAGUUCUCAAGUGAGUUAGAAACAAGCGGUGAAUUUGGCUGGUGUGCCGUUUCGUUUCAAGCUGCUAUUUCUCACUUAAAUCAUAUGUAA